UCAAGUCAUUGAUUGUUUUGAUUUUGAAUUUCAUAUUCUAAAGAGUAUUUUCCAUUAACUUUUAUUUAACUAAUUAUCUAAUGAAACCCAAAAGUUCUCGAUCUUCCAGGUAUCCACAGCCAAGCCAACAGGAACACUGAAAAGCGAUUAUAAUCUUAUAUUCUUAACCAGAAGUUUCUUCAUGGUGUCUGCAAAAUUAUGGAGCCCCAUUUACUAAUAGCAUGUUAUCCAAAAUACUACAAAUAUGAUAAUUUAGAACUUGGAAUUAACCAUGUGAAAACCUUGAAUCUUUGUAACUGUGGCCAGAAAAAGCAAAAAAGAAAAUCGUUGUCCCUAGACUGUGUUUUUGUAUAUUAUUUUGUAAAAGAACUUCACAUAAGCUGGUUUUACAGAAACCGGUUUAUAGAAAGGAUAAGAAGCUGGGGAGGGCCUGACGUGUUAGUUUUAGUUAGAACUAAAAAGAAUUUAAUAGAUUAUAAUUGGAACGAGAGAAUUUACCAAAUGGUUAGAGAAAGAUGCGAAGUAGACCAUGCAUUUAGUUGGCUUUCAACUUUAGGAGGGGCCUUUUCUGCUUUAGGGGACUAUUUUGGCAAAUGUGCGGAAAUGGCUGGCAAAAUAUCUCUUAAUCAAUUGAAAUUAGCUCUAAGAAUAGGAGAUCCAAGCUUACAAGCAAGGUGUCGUCUAUAUUUAAGUAUAAGCCUCAUACAAAAAAAGAGAUUUAAUAUGGCAUCGCAUAUAAUUAAAACUGUGUAUCAUUCAGCCAAAUCACAUUCGGUAAAGGAUGAGCGUCUUCUAAAGAUGUGUAAAGGUAUUUGGGCAAAGUUACAAUAUGAAUAUGAUAUUUAUAGGCAAAAUAAAACAGUUAAUAGAUGAU